AUGAAUUUCCCCUUAAGAUGCUACAAGCUAUAUUUCGAUUUACCAAUCUUACCAACAAAAAAACUUUACGAAAGAGCACAUAAUCCGUCACCAUACCUUCGACGUUACCGACUGCCAACAGUUAAUUCUAGCGCAACAGUAGCAGCCUAUGAAGAAUUACUAAGUCCUGUUGAUAACUGCGCAAAAUUAGCAUAUAUUUCAGCGCUUAAUUGCCAAAAUAAGCAAUUUUGCAUUGCCAAACCAACAUCACCCAAUAUGGACAAUAUGCCACCUCAUAAUGACCCUAAUAAGCUUACCACCGAUCAAGCAAAAUCAUUUUUGACCUCUGGAACUCUCUUCAAAAAUUCGACUCCACUGGAUCGAGGAAAUCCAUGGAUAUCAUCCAAUAAAAACUCUGCUAUAGAUUUCGAAUUUCGAUUUGUUGCUACAGAAUUGAAAAAGAGAAGCGAUGAGUACGAUACAAUUAUGAGUGAUUUAACAUUUAAUGAAGGAGCAAUCAUCAAUGAAGCAUCUGAGGAAAGUAAUUAA